AGGAGCCGGAGGGCGCGGGCGCCAGGGUAGCCAGGGCAGCAGCAGCGGCGGCGGCCACCGAGGCAGCGGCAGCGGCGCAGCUUCGCGGAGGGGCCAGAGCUCCCGGAGCCGGCGGGCGGACCCUGCUGCUACUGCCCCGGCAGCCCCCGCAGCUACGGCCCCGGGCGCUUCGGGGAGCGGGGAGAGCGCGCAGGAGCGCGGGAGACCCUAACCCGCCCGGCGGUGGGGCAGAGUCGGGGGGCGGCCGGAGCGCGGCGUCCGCACCUUGGAACCGCUCUCUUCUCCUUGCACUGAACACCCAGCACCUGCCUGAGGAAGUCCGCCCGGCGGGGGCCCGGCUGGAGACCCAGGAUGGGGAGGGCUCCGAGUUCUUGCUGUCACCACUAUCUGGCUGUGCUGCUCAUCCUCCCCUCCCUGAGCCUCGCUCAGUACGAGAACUGGCCCUACUACCACGAGUACUUCCAGCAGCCCCAACCGGAAUACCGCCAGCCCGAGCGGCCGGCGGGUGUCCCCAAGAUCCAGCUGCGGCUGGCCGGGCAGAAGCGGAAGCACAACGAGGGCCGCGUGGAGCUGUACUACGACGGGGUCUGGGGCACCGUGUGUGACGAUGACUUCUCCAUCCACGCUGCUCAUGUGGUCUGCCGGGAGCUGGGCUACGUGGAAGCCGUCUCCUGGACGCCCAGCUCCUCCUACGGCAAAGGAGAAGGUCCCAUCUGGAUGGACAAUGUUCACUGCACCGGUGGAGAGGCGACCCUCGCUGCCUGCUCCUCCAAUGGAUGGGGUGUCACGGACUGCAAACACACAGAAGACGUAGGCGUAGUGUGCAGUGAUAAAAGGAUUCCUGGCUUCAAGUUUGACAACUCACUCAUCAAUCAGAUUGACAACAUGAACAUCCAGGUGGACGACAUUCGGAUCCGCGCCGUGCUCUCGGCAUACCGGAAGCGCACCCCGGUGACAGAGGGCUACGUGGAGGUGAAGGACGGCAACGGCUGGAAGCAGGUCUGCGACAAGCACUGGACCGCCAAGAACUCGCGCGUCAUCUGCGGCAUGUUCGGCUUCCCCAACGAGAAGAAGUAUAACACCAAGGUGUACAAGAUGUAUGCCAGCCGGCGGAAACAGCGCUACUGGCCGUACUCCAUGGACUGCACGGGCAGCGAAGCCCACAUCUCCAGCUGCAAGCUGGGCAACCAGGCGGCCGUGGACCCCGUGAAGAACUUCUCCUGCGAGAACGGGAUGCCCGCCGUGGUGAGCUGCGUGCCCGGCCGCGACUUUGCUCCUGGCAGUCAUUCGGGCUUCGGGAAAGCCUUCAAGUCUGAGCAACCCCUGGUGCGGCUGAGAGGCGGCGCUAAUACUGGAGAAGGCCGAGUGGAAGUGCUCAAGAAUGGAGAAUGGGGAACCAUCUGCGACGACCAAUGGAACCUGGUGUCCGCCAGCGUGGUCUGCCGAGAGCUGGGCUUUGGGAGCGCCAAGGAGGCCAUCACAGGGGCCAGGCUCGGGCAAGGCAUUGGAUCCAUCCACCUCAAUGAAAUACAGUGUACAGGGUUUGAGAAAUCCAUCACCGACUGCAAAUUCAACGUGGAGAACUUGGGCUGCAAUCACGAAGAAGACGCUGGGGUGAGGUGCAACAUCCCGGCCAUGGGUUUCCAGAAUCAGCUGCGCCUGAGCGGGGGCCGCAACCCUUACGAGGGCCGUGUGGAGGUGCUGGUGGAGCGAAACAGGACGCUGAAGUGGGGGACCGUGUGCGGGGAGAACUGGGGCAUCGUGGAGGCCAUGGUGGUCUGCCGGCAGCUGGGCCUGGGAUUUGCCAGCACCGCCUUCCAGGAGACCUGGUACUGGCAAGGGGACAUCAGCGCCAACACCGUGCUCAUGAGUGGGGUCAAGUGCUCUGGGACAGAGAUGGCGCUGUCACAUUGCCACCACGAUGGAGAGAAUGUGGCUUGUCCCCAAGGCGACCACCACGCUGCAGGCGUCGUAUGCUCAGAAACCGCCCCGGACCUGGUCCUCAAUGCUGAGAUUGUCCAGCAGACGACGUACCUGGAGGACCGGCCCAUGUUUAUGCUGCAGUGUGCCAUGGAGGAGAACUGCCUCGCCUCCUCCGCUGCCCAGACCUCCCCCACCACGGGCUACCGCCGCCUCCUGCGCUUCUCCUCCCAGAUCCACAACAACGGCCAGUCUGACUUCCGUCCCAAGAACGGGCGCCAUGCGUGGAUUUGGCACGACUGCCACAGGCACUACCACAGCAUGGAGGUUUUUACUCACUACGACCUGCUGAACCUCAACGGGACCAAGGUGGCCGAAGGUCACAAAGCCAGCUUCUGCCUGGAGGACACCGAGUGUGAAGGAGAAAUCCAGAAGAAUUACGAGUGCGCCAACUUCGGCGAGCAGGGCAUCACUCUGGGCUGCUGGGACAUCUACCGCCAUGACAUCGACUGCCAGUGGGUGGACAUCACCGACGUGGCCCCUGGGGACUACGUGUUCCAGAUCAUCAUUAACCCCAACUACGAAGUGGCCGAGUCAGAUUACACAAACAAUGUCAUGAAAUGCCGGACUCGCUAUGAUGGGCACCGUAUCUGGAUGUACAACUGCCACAUAGGUGGCUCCUACAGUGAAGAAACAGAGAACAAAUUUAAUCACUUCAGAGGACUCACAAAUAAUCUGCUCCCCACUCAGUGAAGAUUCAGCCUUGGACCUCCUGGACCCCCUUGCUCUAGGGUCUCACUGCACUGGUCUCCCUGGGACCUUCCCUAACCACUGCACAGCACAGAUUGGAUGGAUCCUCCAUGCUCCUUACCUGAUUCCCUGACAAAAGCCUUGGGCUCCUGCGGUGGGGCCCACAACCUGUCUUGGCCUGGUCUUGUAGGUUCUAGACUUAGAAGAAACCCUACAGAUCUAGCCAGCCCCCUCAUUUUACAAGUGAAGCCCAGAGAGGACAAGAUGCAUGCCCAAGAUCAUACAGCCCAUGUUCUAACCCAGUCCUUUCCACUAAAUCCUUUCCUCCUGCCCAAAACAUAAAUGAUAUUUGAACCCUUUUAUUCUCCUCUCACUACAAAGGAGUUAGGGGGACACAACAGGACACAGUAUUGGGGGGUCAGUGGGGAGUGAUGCAGGGGGAAAAUGGUGACCCUGACCCUAGUGAGCUGAUCCUGUCCAAGAGCCCUAGGUCUGCUGCUAUCCACUCAGGAUAGAAAUCCUGCUGACCAAAGCUGGAAGGGAUGCCUAUCUGAGGAACCCAGGGUCUCAUCCUUGAGACUUUGUGACUCCAGAUGCUCCCUUCCCCGCCUCACUUGAGUGAUAGAGAUUAGCAAUCUUUUAGGACAGCCUCCAGGUCCCCAGCAUCAUGGUUUGAAGCUCUAGUUCAAGGCCAGGAUUAGUUCCCACCCCUAGUACCCUUCCCUUCCCCAACUAGCCACCUUUGGUGGAAGUCCAUCAAGAGAGUGUGCAGUCUAAUUUCCAUCAGCCCAUUCCAAAGCAUCAUCUUAAUCACCAAGUCUCCAUGCUGCUAUAUCCCCAGUCAUCCCAUGCUACAAAUUUAGUUAAGCAAUAUAGACCUGUGUCUUCAGUUCCAAAACCAAGUCUGUAUGGGGCUCUAUUUGCAAAUCACCAUCCAGGACUGGGAAAUUCCUCCCCCAUUGCAAUCCACACAGCCCAGAACUGUGUAUACAUUUCUGAAAAUCCCUGGUGGUGUAAUCAGUGAAAAAGCUUGCCCUUCUUUCUCAAGUCAGAGGCUGUGUCGGGUUCCCCGCUAAUCCUCCAAGUCUAGUUGAUUUCACUCAGCAUUAACUAGUUCUCUAUUUCCUAGUUGAUUUCACUCAGGCUACUCUUUAAAGUCUGGUUGAUUGCACCUCAGCCAGUGUUACAAAGUCUAUCUGAUUUCACUCAGCACUGACUAGUGCUCCAAAGUCUGGUUACAAAAUCUGGUUGAUUUCACCCAGGCUAGUGUUACAAAGUGUGGUUGAUUUUAUCCAGGCUAGUGUUACAAAGUCUAGCUGAUUUCACUCAGCACUAAUUAGUGCUCUAAAGUCUGGUUGAUUUCCCCCUAACUAGUUCUCUAAAAGCCUGGUUGAUUUUACCUAGCACUAACUAGUCCUCCAGACUAGUUAAUUUGGCCCAGGCUAGUCCCCUGGUCUAGUUGAUUUCACUCGGCGUGGAUCCAGUGACCGCUCACUCUACUCAGCCGUCUGCCUUUCCCACCACUUGCUGGUGUUACCUGUACAUAUUUCUGAUCAGGAGACUGGGAGAGCAUGUGCUUUUUUUUUUUUUUUCUUUUAUUUUAAGGAUACCAAUUUUACAUUGUAUUUGCAUGUUAUGUCCAAAACCAAAUGUAAUGCUAUUUAAUGUGGUCAUCUGGGCCCUCGGAAGCAUAACCAUGCAGAAGAAACCAAAAGCAAACCCACCUGUGUAAGUGCCGUUGCCGUUACCACCAUCACCACCACCCCCACCAUCAUCCCCCUGGGCUGACCUGAAUGAUUGGUGCUAUAAACAAAUUCCUGGGUGGGAGGACACUCACCGGGUGCUGCGGGUCACCACAGAUGUUUACAUAUACUUGAAUCACAGGUGUUGGUUCCCGGAAUAAAAGGUUAUUAUUAUA